UCGAAGCCUCGGCACAUCACGUAACAUCACUAGUCAUCAGUUACUUGCUCUUAGCACAUUUGCUAGUUGUAAUUAGCCUCGCUGUUCGGCAGGAUUCAAAUCUCAACAUGUUUUAGCAUAACUACUCUGAGUUAGACUGAAUGUUUAUUUUGUGUGUGUACUUUUACGCUAAAAAACGUAACUUGAAAGUACAGAGGUGGGGGUGUUCUAUGCAAAACUAAUUUAAUGUGAUGCAACUCCACUGUGCUAUUCACUGUGAGCUGCAGCCGGUGAAGCCAUUUUUUCCAGUUUUCUCAUGCUGCUUACUGGCGACAUAAUAUAAAACGCAUAAUAUCCUGACAGCGCUAAGAAUCCAUCAGGUGUCAUUUCUCUUAAAAAAGCAAAAAAAGCCAUUUGUGUCUGUAGGAACAUUGCGCCGGUGUUCUAGCUAGCGGUUGAUCGCCAUGCACUGGGCCGGGCUGAGACGCCCUCGGGCUGGGCUGAGGAUUUCACAGCUUCACUUUCGGAGCUCUGCUGUCACUGCAUUUAGUAGCCUGCCCCACAGACUCCGCCCCGGCUAGAUCGCUUCUUGCCCUGUAUUAUUUCUCUGCAAUUUGCAAUCUACCACAGCGCACGGACAGUUCACAAUGUGCAAGUUUGAUCUCCUUAUGGUCGUCCGCGCCCUUGAUUUCACCGGCUGCAGAAAUCGAAAUGACAACCGGCAUGAACGCGAGGAGAAGAAAGAGGAAAAAUUAAGAUCAAAUGAAAAUUUCAGGCAUAAUUUAACAGGAGUGGAUCAUCACUGACAAGUUUUUCCACGCCUCCACUGUUCUGUGCUGUGAGUGUGCGUGUGUGGCUGCGCGCCUAUUUUGUUCGCUGUGCAGAGAAUGUCAGCUGUUAUGUUUUUCUUUACAGCUGUAUCCACCAGAACCAUCACUAUAACCACAGUUUGCUAGCGGGUGUAACCCCGCUGGGGUGGGGGGGCUGUCAUUAGCACUAGCGGUCGUUCUGCAUCGGGCCUACAUACAUUAUAUACUGUAUAUCCACGUUUAAGGAUUGUCAUGGCAAGUUCAAAACCUGCAAGACUGAAAGUGAUUCUAGGAGAGAGCAACACUGAAAAACUGACUCUUCCAAAUGGCAUACCAGACUCUCUGGAUGAGCUUCUCAGCAAGGUGACGGAUACCUUUGGUUUAAAGACCAAUGUCAGAUUGCAAUAUAUGGACAAAGACUUUGGUAAUGACUUUUUCAACCUCAGCUCAACUUCUGACCUUGAGGACUUGGGAACAGUCAAGGUGAUUCAAGAAAAAGCCAUUCAAACUUUUGUUGAUGUCAUUGAAACAGCUCCAUCUUCUUCUACAGUUCACUCUGACGACAGCAGUUCUUUAGCCUCAAAUGACACUAUAAUCCUCUCCUCCCCUGAAUCCUUGUCAUCACGAACACAACAAUGGCCAGCCAACUUUCCCAUUCCCAUGUUUUCAUAUGACACUGAACGUCAGCUAGAGAAGGGGAAUUCUGAGUAUCAAGCAAACAACAAAAUGUUGACAGUCACCUCCCGAAUGAAGACUGACAUCCUAAAUAGAUUAGUAGAAGAGAUCUACAGAUACAGAGCCUACCCAGAGGAUGCACAGUUCUGUGUAGUUGCAGAGGCCUUGGUUAAAAAUCAUCCGUGUUUAAAAGAGCCCGGUUCAUUCAAUGGUUGCUACAGUUGAAAGCAAAGGCUGAAGUACAAAAUGGGAAACUACAGGACUCUACUCAAAUCACAAGGAUGUCCAGAGUUCUCUGUAAACUCAAUUAAAUCCAAAGCUACUAUUUCUGUUUUUCCCACUGCAAAAAUAAAGAAGCCAAGACGAGCUGAAGCCAACUUUUAUCCAUCCUUUCCAUUGGGAGAAACACAAGAAAGCAUGGAAAAAGAGAGAAUUGAACUCUUGACAGCAAUCAAAAGGAGGAACAAUGACAGGGUCAUUGCGGACAAAAUGGCUCGUACCUUUGCCUACAGGCGUCAGGAGGUGGUGAAUGAAGAACCUGGUAUAGAGGAUUUCAGGGACAGAUGGCCUGCUCUGUUCCAACAGAAAGAGACUAAUGCGGAGUUCCAGAGGCUCAUGGCUCUUCCCCUUGAGCAGACUUUCUUGGCCCAGUUGGACAGGCACUCAAGUCAGCUGAUUAAAGUCAUCCAGGCCAAAGGAGGAGCAACACGUGCAAAAAUGGCUGGCAUCAUGAGAACUUAUGAUGAGGUUGAAGACAUUGGGAUUCGAAGGGAAUGUGUUCUGAAAGGGCUCAUCACCUUUCUUGGAGAGGUUGCAAAAGACCUUAUUAAGGAAUACUGUGGCAGCAGCGGAGAUGAUGCCCAGAUGGAACUCAAACAACUCACCAUGGCCAUGUUUGUGAUUCGGAAGGAGGGAGAGGGAUGGAAAGAACCCGCAGAAGACAUUGGCAUCGUCAUUGAGGGAGUGGAGGUGUCGCAUGACCUGACUUCAGUUGCCUCAGCUUGAGCAGCACAAGAUGUCUCCCAAAGUUCAAAAUUUGUUUGGAAGACUUCAGACCUCACAGUAAAGACACUGGCAUGUUGUGCAACAGGACAGAUUAUCUUCUGUCUUCUUUGUUUGAACAGAAGAGCGCCAUGUUUUGGAAGCUUAACACCUCAAGGAACUGCACUUUGUUAACUUCUUUUGGGACAUUGUUCAUAUUAAAGCCACAAGUAAUACAGAGUUUACUGGAUAACAAUUGUGACUGGUAUUUCUGGAGGAUGUUUAUUGUCAAGUCAAGUGUCAAGUUAAAACAGCAAAUGGUGUAGUUGUGUGAGUGCAAUACCAUCUCCACCCAGCUGGCACGUGGCUCACAGAAAAUCAAGCACACCCGUCUCUCUCACUCAGGCCUUCAGGAGUUUAUAAGGCAACCCAGCACACCUGUGUUUGGGAUAAUCUCUACAAACAAAGACCUCAUCUUUAAGCUCCUGCAGAAACACCACUGGUUUUCAACCUGCUUGGGUGUCAUGUAUUGGAAAGUACAGUGAUUUAAAGAAAAAAGAGAAAUAAAAUAAAAGGAUGACACUGAGAAGAGUUGGUCCUGGAUUUCUUUGAUGGGAGCAAGCCCUUGUCAAGUUUGGGCAGAAGCUAAGGUGAUUUGUAGAGGCCAAAAAACUUGACAAUGAGGUUGUGAUGAACAUUAUCAUUUUGGGAGUAGGUCUGUUUUUGUUUUUUACAUUUCGUAAAGUUACAUGGUUCAUCUCUUUGGUUUUGUGUGGGAAAAAUACAGGUUAAGGGGGGGAAAUUACAGUAGGAAAGUAGUAGGCUACUGCAGUUUGUGGACACUUUCACAGAAUUUUCUGUUUGCAUUUUUUUAUUUGAAUCAACAGAUUUGUGCAGUGUUUUUUGAAGGAGGUUGAAUGGAUCUACAGUUCUUUUCUGGUGUCAGUUAAAUUAACGGACUUGGUUUAAACUAGGCAGCUUUUACACCACAUCUUUGAAAACUUUUUGCCUAAAUAUUUUUUGGGUAUUGCUCUUGUUUUCAGUGUAAAAAUAGUCACUAGUGUCAUUAUAUUUUAUGUCAAAAACAUGUUCUCAGCAAAUGUUAUGGUUUAAGAGUGUGGAUUUUCUUUUUUAGGAGGACUUGUGUUAAAUCUAAAAAACGCAUUUUUUCCCUGAGAAAUACUUCUGGAUUCUACAACCUCACACAGGGCUGUUCAAGUCUUGUCCGGGAGAGCUACCAUUGUGCAACUUUCAGAUGGACCCUAUUUCAAUACCACCUGAAGCUAAUUUCUGAAUUCACACACCAGCAGACAUUCAGCUCAGCAGAGGCAUUGUAAUGAGCAGUUCAUUUGAUUCAGAUGUAUUGGAGAUGGGAUGCAUCUGAAAGUUGCAGGAUGAUUGCUCUCCAGAACUGGACUUGGGCACCUCUGAUCUAGCAGGUCGCUGACCAAAAAGGUUGAAGUAUUCAAAAAUACAACCCCAAUUAAGCAGAAAAGUAAUAUCCCUUAUGAAGUUUCAAAAGAUCUGUUUAAUGCAUAAUAUUUUGUGAAAAACCUGUAAGUUUGUGAUGC